CAAAGCCGAGCUGCCAGGGCCUGGCUGCUGCUGUAUCCACCUGCGGGGCUUUUCGCUGCUGUCAAGUCCCAGGGGCAACUGAGGCCAAGGGCUGAGCCGAGGGGCUGCCACCUCGCGCACAGCUGGGACAGGCAGCCCAGCACCAUGUCGCUGAACGCCUGGGAGUGGGAGGAUGAGGACGCGGCCAUCAUGGACCCCCUGACUUCUCUACAUAGCUUUUUCCAGACCACCAACGACUGUGUGGUGGAGGAUUACCUGGGGACCAGGGUGCAGGAGUACGACUACGAGGGCACCCUCGGCUCCUUGGAAGAAGAGCCCGUCAGCCCCUUUGAGCCUGAUGUCCCCCAGGUCGUCCCUUGCAAAUUCAUCAUCUCCCUGGCAUUCCCGGUGAAUUUUGGAAUUAAAGGAAAAUAUCUAAACAUUCUGGAAAAAUUCAAGAAACACCCCAAACUGGACAAUCACAUCGCGAAGCUUCGUCGUUUCUACCACAUUGAGUAUUUCCUCCUGCCAGAUGAUGAGGAACCUAAGGUGGUGGACAUGGUGAUGUUUCCUGGGAUGGCCAAGGUGUUCCUGGACUCCGGAGUCAAGACUAUUAAGCCAUGGCUUGAAGGUGGCAAAUUAUGGGUGUCUUGGAGCCAAAGUUUUAAUAUCAACGUGACGAAGGAAUUGCUAAAGAAAAUGAAUUUCCAUAAAAUAACCUUGAGGCUCUGGGACACCAAGGACAAGAUUUCAAAGAAAGUCAGGUAUUACCGAUUGAAGGCCGCCAGUUAUUUGGAAGAAGCAGGAUCUUUCGAGGAAGUGAGACGUUUGGUUUUAGAUCAAAGAAGACAGUGCGAUCUGAGCCAGGAGAAAGCCAGCCUCCACAAAGAGGAGUGGGAUGAGGAGCAUCUCUUAGGGAAACCGGAAAAAGCAGAGAAACACUCAAAACUUUUUCCAGGUUCUCACCAAGCAGAGCCUGAAAUCAUUUCCAAGAACAACGAGGACUAUGAAAAGUCACCCAAAAUGGAUGAUCUUUCUUCAGUUCGACGAAGCCCUUCAAGAACACCAGUUGUUCCUUUGGCCGGGGCAACAAUGUUGGAGAUUAAGGAAUUUAUUGAGAAAAAAUCAUUAAACAGCUUAACAGACAUAUUAGAAAAACAAAGAUCUCAAAAGAAAGAUCAGGAGGUGAAGAGGAGAAGCCUGAAGAAGGGAAAGAAGCAGCACUCGGAAGAGGAGUUCGACCCGAGCCAGUGGAGGCAGAGCGUCUUCUCCCUGCAGCUGGCCAUCAUGCCUCUGCUAGCUGGACAGCAAACUGUCAUGAGCCGGGGCAGUGAGAAGUCGGCCAACAUUUUGGAUUGCCUUUUGACUUUCAAAACCGAAGUGCCUAUCAUGACUGAGGCGCAGAAGCUGGAAUUAAACCCCCUGAUCAUAAGGAUCGACUGUGUUUCCUGCCUGCCGUCACAACCUGUGCCUAUUCAGGAACUACAGAGGCUGUGCACCCCCGUCUACUGCAGGUACCGCUUCCACAAGACCCCGGUGCACAGGACGGAGGAGCGGCCCCACGGGACCCACGUUUACUUUGAGGACAUCAAUGUCAUCUGCCUGGGAGCCAUACACCCCAGUGACCUGCGGGAGUACCUGGAGGGUCCCCCCAUGGUGGUGGAAGUCCACGAUCGGGACCGUCAGCCGGACGAGGCCUCCCGCAGGCCCACCCUGUUUGGGGAGGACCCCCUGGAUCCCCACGGGAACAUCCAGUCCUUCAUCUCCUCCAAGGAGACGGAGGACAGCCCCUUCGAGUCCCAGGACAAGACCUGGGACCCUCACGGAGUGGCCCGGGUCAGUUUUGCGGACCUGCUCCUUGGCCACAAGUACCUGAAGCUGGUGGUCCCCAUCCAGCGCUGUGAGCCCAAGGUCAGCCGAGGCAGGAGGGUCUCCAGGUUCCAGACCCCGGCCACCGAGGUCCUCCAGCACAGCCCGAUGCCCGCUGGACACUACUUGGAGGCCAACUCUUUGCUCAAACUGCGAGUGGACGUGGCGGUGCCUCUGAGCACCUGGGCCAAAGCCCAGGGCGCGGACCUCCUGGACAGCCACUUUGGCCGCAUUGUGUUCGUGUUCGGUGCCCAGGACCUGUUCCUGCUGCACGGUCUGCUGAAGGACGUCACCCUGAUCAAUGCCAAGGCCCUGGAGCUGGACUCCUACCCGACCAGGACCGUCCAGCAGAUCCUCUCGGCCUUCAAGAUGCGCGUCGACAUCCAGCAUCAGGAGCAUCUGGACGUGCUGACGGGCUUCCACCUGCUGGAUGGGAACCUCCACCUCUUUGUUCUGGAAGGCCUGGCCGAUGGGGGCCUGCGGCAGCUGUGGGAGAGCCACCAGAGCCGGUAGGUGGCGUCCGAAUGAGGAAGGAGCCCCAGCAAGGCCCAGGGAGGCCGAGGGCGGAGGAUGGCAGAUUGGAGACCAGCCUCAACCCCUUAGCGAGAUGCUGUCUCCGAAUCAAAUACGAAGGGUUUUGUUUGGUGGUUCAAUCCUCAGGAACAAUGAAUAAAUAAUCCAGUUACAUGAUUCUGACCCCAUGAUCUGCUGCCCCCUGGGGCAGGAGCCGGGCCUGUUUACACCGUCGCUGGAGUGACCUCUGAGUACCUGAUUGGCUGAGCAGGGUGAAAUGACCCUCGUGCGGGGAUCAGCUUCCUAGGUGGCCCGGUGGGAACAGGGGACCCUGGCUCUCUCUUCUGAUAGCACAGUCUUUCAAACAAGUUGACCCUUUUACCCCCUUGAGCCUACAAUGAGGGUAUCGUAUUUUAAAUUUCAGUUGCCAGGUGUCUAUUGCUGGUAAUGUGGAAAUAUGAUUAAUUUGUGUGUAUCUUGUACCCUGACUUGAUAAUUAUUUAU